UGGAAUACCUAUCCCAUGAAUGGGUGGGAUGCUAUAACAGAGAUGGAUGAACACAACCGUCCCAUCCAUACCUUCCAGGUGUGUCACGUGAUGGAACCCAACCAGAACAACUGGCUACGCUCCAACUGGAUCUUCCGCCAGGCCGCACAGAAGGUGUACGUGGAGCUGCGCUUCACUCUGAGAGACUGUAACUCCAUCCCCUGGGUAUCUGGGACCUGCAAGGAGACCUUCAACCUUUUCUACUAUGAGACAGACGAGUCCCACGGGGUCAAGUUCAAACCCGCCCAGUACACCAAGAUCGACACCAUCGCAGCCGAUGAGAGCUUCACCCAGAUGGACCUGGGAGACCGCAUCCUAAAGCUCAACACUGAGGUACGGGAAGUGGGUCCUAUCUCCAGGAAGGGUUUCUACCUGGCGUUCCAGGACAUUGGGGCGUGCAUCGCCCUGGUCUCAGUCAGGGUGUACUAUAAGAAGUGUCCCUUCACCCUGAGGAAUCUGGCCUCCUUCCCUGACACCGUGCCCCGGGUCGAUUCCUCCUCCCUGGUGGAGGUUAGGGGAGCGUGUGUGGAGCAUGCCGAGGAGAGGGACACUCCCAAACUGUACUGCGGCGCCGACGGUGACUGGCUGGUGCCUUUGGGGAAGUGUGUCUGUAGCCUGGGCUAUGAAGAGAUGGACGGGGCAUGUCUCGCGUGUCGUCCAGGCUUCUACAAGGCGUUUGCGGGGAACAUCAAGUGUUCCAAGUGUCCCCCUCACAGUUUCAGCUAUGGAGAGGGGGCUGCUGUCUGCCACUGUGAGAAGGCUUUCUACAGAGCUGCGAGAGACCCACCCACUAUGGCAUGCACACGUCCCCCCUCACCUCCUCGUAACGUGGUCUUCAACCUGAAUGACACCUGUCUACUGUUAGAGUGGUCUCCACCCAGUGACAUGGGUGGUCGCAGGGACCUGACCUAUAACGUCCUGUGUAAACGCUGCGGCCCAGAGCCCGACCAAUGCCAGCUGUGUGGGGAGGAGCUUCGCUUCGUGCCCCGCCCCCAGGGCCUGACCAACGCCAUGGUAACAGUGAUGGACUUCUCGGCUCACGCCAACUACACCUUCGAGAUCGAGUCGCUGAAUGGAGUGUCUGAGAUGAGCCACUUCCCGAGACCUGUGGCCGCCAUCACUGUCUCCACCGACCAGGGCGGUCCCUUUAUGGUGGGUGUGCUGAAGAAGGACUGGGCUUCUCAGAACAGUAUUGCCCUAUCGUGGCUGGAGCCAGAACAGAUCUCCCUCCUGGUGGUUGACUAUGAGGUCAAGUACUACGAGAAGGAACAUGAGGAGUUGAGCUACUCGUCGACGCGGACCAAAGCCCCCAGUGUGGUCAUCACAGGGUUAAAGCCCUCCACCUGCUACGUCUUCAGCCUGAGAACACGCACCUCCGCUGGACACAGCGCCUACAGCCCCAAAUGCGAGUAUGAGACCACGGACGACACGUCGGACAUGGCUUCAGACCAGGGUCAAGUGUUGGUGAUCGUCACGGCAGCCGUGGGCGGUUUCACUCUCCUCAUCAUCCUCACCCUCUUCUUCCUCAUCACCGGACGGUGUCAGUGGUACAUCAAAUCCAAGAUGAGCUCAGAGGAGAAGAGGAGGACCAACUAUCAGAGUGGACAUGCUCUCCCGUUCCCGGGGGUAAAGGCCUAUGUAGAUCCGGACACCUAUGAGGAUCCUACCCAGGCUGUCCAUGAGUUUGCCAAAGAGAUCGACCCGACCCGGAUCCGUAUAGAAAGAGUUAUUGGAGCAGGUGAGUUUGGGGAGGUGUGUAGCGGUCGUCUGCGGAUACCGGGGAAGAGGGAGAUUGCUGUGGCGAUAAAGACACUGAAGGGCGGCUACGUGGAGCGCCAGAGGCGGGACUUCCUCCGAGAGGCCAGCAUCAUGGGACAGUUUGACCACCCAAACAUCAUCAGGCUGGAGGGCGUGGUCACCAAAAGCAGACCUGUGAUGAUUGUGGUGGAGUACAUGGAAAAUGGAUCUCUGGACUCAUUCCUGAGGACGCAUGAUGGCCAAUUUACAGUGAUCCAGUUGGUGGGCAUGCUGCGUGGCAUUGCGUCGGGCAUGAAGUACCUGUCUGACAUGGGCUACGUCCACAGAGACCUGGCCGCCCGCAACAUUCUGGUCAACAGCAACCUGGUGUGUAAGGUGUCUGACUUCGGCCUGUCCAGAGUCCUGGAGGACGACCCAGAGGCUGCUUACACCACCACGGGAGGUAAGAUCCCUAUCAGGUGGACAGCUCCAGAGGCCAUCUCCUACAGGAAGUUCUCAUCAGCCAGCGAUGCCUGGAGCUACGGCAUCGUCAUGUGGGAAGUGAUGUCAUACGGGGAGCGGCCUUACUGGGAGAUGUCCAAUCAGGACGUGAUCCUGUCCAUAGAGGAGGGCUACCGUCUCCCUGCUCCUAUGGGCUGCCCCGUAGUUCUACACCAGCUGAUGCUACACUGCUGGCAGAAGGAGAGGAGCCAGAGGCCCAAGUUCACUGACGUGGUCUCCUUCCUGGAUAAGCUGAUCAGGAACCCCAGCAGCCUGCUGGCCCUAGUGGAAGAUAUACAGGGUCUAGCAGAGUCCCCAGGAGAGGUGGUGGACUACCCCAUGUUCAUCUCCAUCGGGGAUUGGCUGGAUUCCAUCAAGAUGAGACAAUACAAGAGCAGCUUUGUGGCAGCAGGAUUCAGCACACUGGACUCUGUGGCCCAGAUGAGCAUUGAGUGA